UGGAGUGCCUCCCAGCUCCGAACAUCAGCUGUCGGCUCUCCAACGGGACGGAGUUCAGGUUCAGCGGGGAGGAGGUCGGCUUCAACAAAACCAUCCCCUGCAGGAACGUGAGCGGUUACUCCUACAAGGUGGCCGUGGCGCUGUCUCUGUUUCUGGGCUGGCUGGGAGCCGAUCGCUUCUAUCUGGGAUAUCCUGCUCUCGGACUGUUGAAGUUCUGCACCGUUGGUUUCUGUGGAAUCGGGACGCUGAUCGACUUCAUACUGAUCGCCAUGCAGAUUGUGGGUCCAGCUGACGGAUCAAACUACAUUGUGGAUUAUUACGGAGCCCGACUGACCCGUCUGUCCAUCACCAACCAGACCUACAGGAAGCCUCACCUGUCCCUGUGAACACGCCUGCACUCACCUGGACACUCCGACGACGCUGUUUCUCCAUCAGCCUUGUAAAUACAGAGAAGACAGCUGACCAACCUCCUCGUGUCCACUUUAAGUUUUCAUCAAACAACAUGUAAAAAUGAUUUGAUUUCUUGUUGGAGGAAGAUUAUAAACCCGGAGGCACUGAGAGGAGCCUGAUGUCUGGACUCGCUCUGCUCUUCAUCUCUGAGUCUUCACCUGCUUUCCGUUCUGUUCACUGAAGCUUCUGAUCCUCAAACCCUCACUGGACCAUUUCUGUCUUUAAGUUAUGACGUUGUAAAUAAAGUUUUUUUUGUGUUAAUCUA